AUGGCACCGACAACAAGGGGCAUGAUAAAGCACGAAAUACGCUGGAACCACUCGAAUAAGUACCCGAGCAUGUUGUACGCCGAUUCAUGGUCUCUUGCCGCGGCAAGGGACGCGUGGGUAUCAAGGACGACAGUGUUUGUGGCUCCGCUGGACGUCUUCCUGACGCGUCCAGAGCACAGGAUCAUGUGCGCAAUGUCUUUUCACGUUGUAGCUUUGAUGAUGAGGCUGUUGCGUUGGUCGGGGCUCGCACCUGUGGUGAGUGUCAUUUGGGAACACUGGCUACGUGGGUUCGUGGACACACGACAAGUGCGGCUUUGGCCACUCCUUUUUCACGGAACUUCUCGAUAA